AGAUAAAUUUAGAUGAAGUGAAAAACAAGUAGAAGAAAAAUUGUAGGCGUCGAAGAUGUUUGUUCCGCUACUAGUGUUACUGCUUUAUUAGUAACUAAUCGUUUGCUUGUAUUUGGUUUCUCUUUUAUGUCCGCAGCAAGCGAGAAAAGACGGAGAUCAACAACAUGGCUAAAAAGUCGAAUCUGUUUUCUUUGCUACACUUUGGCAGCAAGAACAGUGGUCACCGAGACGCGCAGAGACGUGAGCAUCUUCAAAACGUAUCACCUCCUAGUGAUGUUGAGCAACAACAUGUCGAAGUUGAUGCGCACGACGUCGAUACCGAUGAACAGUCUUCGAGUACUCCCGAGCCCGCACAACUACGGGUUGCCGUUUUGAACAGGACGCCCAGCACCCCUCCGGGGUCUCCGCCACAGCUCUUGGAGGCGGGUGAGGAGCAGGACGUGAUGCUAGUACCGGAAAAAUGCGAUAUUGAUGUAGUACGGCCAGGUAGUAGUUGUAGGAAAACCACGGCUACUGACAAGAAGGGAGGUGUAAAUUCAAAAUCUGAUCAAGUCGGUUCUUCCAGUCCGCUGGGAACCGAUCACGUCGCCCGGUGUGGUACAAUGAAGCAAGGACAAGCACUAGGCCCAGGAGAGGGACGAGGGUUGGAAUUGCAGGCAGCGAACUUCGCGAACCACGAAGGUGGCGCGUGCAACACAAAACACGAAAAUGACCAUGGUGCUGGGACGCUUGCAGGUGGGAAUGACCCGGGCAUCACGUCCUCGAGGAGCCAGCCGCGGGAGAAAAACUCGUCCGGUGCAAAGAUGACAUCUGCGCCCCGAAGGCCUAAGUCCUUCGCCCAGGUCUUUCAGGAGCAUGCCCUCACCACGAAUUGGAAUAAUUCAACGACCUCCAGCAGCUCGAGCGCCUGUUAUUUUGACUCCGCGUUGCAUAUGGGAGCGUCAAUUGAAUUGCUUCGAAAAUCAUGAAAAAAAUUGUUUUAGGUAGUGACUCAUCUAGCUAGUAACGACUUGCUUAUACACCUCAUUGAUUGCUAAUGUUGUCGUGACGCAAUAUCCAAACAAAAGCCGCAUUAUUGCAUUAGCUAGAAAGGGAGCCUGCCGCCCUGUCGCCUCACGGAUCUGCCCAGAUCCGUGAAGCGACCAGGCAUCGGGCUCCCUUUCUAGCUAGCAGGAGAACUAAGCUCAUUCAUUAAUACAGUACAGGUUAAUAAUGAUGCAUAGUUAUUUUGGGCCCAUUUUAAACUAACUAGCUAGCUACAUGGAAGUUAUAUAUGAAGAAAAAAUGACCACUAUUUCGGAAGCAAUUCAAUCAAUUGACGCCUCCAUAUUGCAUCAAGUGCAGCUACUCACGACGAUGGAUAGCAAAAACGAGGAGCAGAAUCUUUUAGCAUCCGGCAGUAGCAGCUGUGCCAUGGAGCAGGGCGAAGGCGGUGCCGGUCCACGCAGACGCACAGAUCGUGGUUGCGUGAGCGAGGAGCAGGCUUCGAUAGAAGAAAAAACUGAAACAAGCACGAGUAAGGGCACCGCUGUGGACCAGCACGCGCGACGCUUCGCCGUCGUUCACCAUCAAGUAUCAGACGAUGUUGAAGGCCGACGAGAGCGAACGAAGAUACCGUUGGAAAACGGUCCCAGCACUGGACAUCAACGAACACGACCACAGCAAGGAGAAACGCAUGCGCCCCGGGACAUCUCGAUCUGCAGUCCAUCAGACGACCCGACCGGUGCGGUUGUGGCCGCGCGACGCCGGCGACGCAGCGGCAGUUCCUGCAGCAAGCAGAGUCGUGAUCAACCCGAGGGUCGUGGCGGCUGCGGUGGUCAUGGAGGUCAGCGCGAGGAGACCACUCCAACUCCGCCAGUAAAAGAUUAUAAAUUCCUCGCCGAGGAGAGUCGUACAGGAGCAUCUAAUUCCAAAUCUUCAUCGAACAUCGCAGCCGAUGGCGCGGAAAGAUCGCAGCAAGUCAGCGAGACCUGUGUGAGGCUUGAGCUAGACCAGUGCCGUCAGAAAUGUCGGUCCAUGCAAGAAGCUCUGCUGACGGCUAUCCAGGCGGAUGAGAACAGGGACGCGCACUUUGCGGCCCUGAGCACGGAGUGGGACCGCAGAAAGCGCGACAUCGGUAAUAUUCAAUGAAGAAAGUGCACAUCUUCGAUGUACUUCUACUUGGUGAAUGAUGAUGCCUGAUAUUUUUGCUUGUGCGAUGUCGAUGAUUGAAAGCAAGAAUGGCGUCGGUGGAACAAAGUCAAAGAACCUGCAGCCACUUACAAUUUAAAUCCUUACCGUAAGGAUUUAAAUUGUAAGUAGCUGCAGGUAGUACUGGAACUACAGCGAGCUCUGGCCCUCUUUCGCUCAUCUGUCAGAUCAUGCAUUGCAUGUAUGACUACGAGAUUGAUGUAGAAUAUCAGAUAUGCAUGUAUGACACAGAUUCAAUAUCUGUGUGCCUCAUACUCGAGCUUGUUCAUUGUGUUACAAGACCAAGAUGAAAUAAGAAUGCGUCACAAUAAAUACUCAGAUGCCUGGCUGGCAGCGCAGGGUAUUGAAGUGUUUGUGCCUGAGGCUGAGCCAAUCUCUCCGGAGACCGCGCGACGACGAGAAGCAAUCGCAUCAAGUUCAAACUUUCGCGAAGACGUGGAGAAAAUUGAAAUGGGAAGCAGCAAGAGAGCGGCCCUUGGUAAGAUGUCUCAAAGAGGGAAGCACGGAGGGUUACUCAACACGUUUGACGAGAUAGUAGGUUUGGCCGCGCGGUCGAUAUCUCGGGGCAACGCGAUCACGGACGAACUAGGCCCUUCCAGUUCCAGUUCGACGAGUGCAACAAGAGAUCAUGGACUUCCUGGCUGCGGUACCACCACCGUUGCCGCGAGUUACGCAGUGGGAUCUUGCUCAAGAACGUCUAGUACCGCGCGAUCAACCACAUCGAAGCUGUUGGAGUUCAAAUGCCCCGUUUUUCAGACGAAACCGAUCCCAGUAGGCAUUCCGGAGACUCCGAAAUUCCCCACGCGACCAAUGCCGGUACGCACGCCGGGGUUCACUCUUGUCCUACCGACUAUGGGAGCGUCAGCUUGGAAACCGUCAAACUGGAAAUGCUGAUGUUCUUUUAUUUAAGUAUCGUUGAUGCAAGUUUUUUUUUUCGUUACAAAUCGGAGGCAACUGAGGCGGAAGCAGACUGUAACCUUGAGAAGGUUUUCUUAUGAAGGGCGCCAGCGCUGCUGCGCCAGCAGGCAUGGAAAGAAGCAGUCACUAAGGACAUGAGCAUGCGCAUGCCUGUUUUCUUCGAUUGAAAAGCGCAACAGAUUGGCUCCUUUUCCUUCACUAACGCCAGUCGGGCGCGGAUUUGUCAUGCGCCACUUCGCAGACACUUGAGACUGACCCACAGCAGUUCCACCAGUCGCCAUGAUUUAGUUGGUUUGCUACAGAUGAGGAGGGUUCUUAGCGGAAGUGCGAGGUCCGCAGGGCCCCGAGGGGUGAAGGCGCCUCUGGAAAGAUGAAAUCGGCGAGACAUUCGUGAUGUGGAGCCUUCAGCCAUGCAGCCACGCAUUAUUUUUUAUACAUGCCAUGCUCCAUUUCCACUUUGUUUGGAAACUGGUGCUGGCGCAGCAACCAUUUCCAUUUUUUCGACUUCCGCCCCGACACUCCGAUAGUACCCGGGGCGGUGUCCACCGUCGCAGCCAUCGCCACGAGCGACGACCUGCUGUUGCGCUCUCAACCGGCGCACCAGGUCGGCGAGCCGACCACCGGAUUCUCCUGUACGAGGAGUGUCUCCGCGGGUGAGGCAGCAGCAGCAACUUCACGCGAAGGAGCCCAAGCCCUCGCCAAGAAAAACCACUCAUCAGAAGUAGCAACUCCCUCCGGCGCCGGCGUCUUUUCAAAGGGCUAUUACGCACCGCACCUUCAUCGCGAACAGAGACACUAUUUGCAUCAGGAUCCUGAUCAUUAUGAGGAUCUGCAUGUGUCCCCUGGUCGACGUGCUCACCUUUUUCAGCAGGAAGACGUCAGCCGUGCCACAGGGUCGCAAUCGCGAAGCGGGCAGCCGGAUAAAGUAGAUUUAGAAGGUGGCGCUCCGAUGAGCCGAAUUACAGUCGAACAAGUACAGGAACAGGACCAGAAAGCUACAAACAGAAACAAGAAACUGAACGAUGCUGCUCCUGUGCGAAAGCCGCCAGCAUUGCCACGACAGCGCACGGCCGCGGCUCCGGGUUCCAAAUUGCACAAUGAUGCAGCUUCCGCUGUAUUUCUACUUGAUGUUUGCUGUCGUAUGUUUUGAUAAUCAGCAGGAUGAAGCAUUUCCAAGAACAACAAGAUCGCUGAGCAGCUAGGGGACGACCUAAUUGUGAUUCUCAUUCGUAUUUUGAUGUUUUAGCGUACUUCAUCAGAUUUACAACCUCGCCUGGGGCUAAACGUGCUGAGGCUGAUCCGAAUUAUGGAGGAGUUGCCAUCGUUUUCGUCCCCCUAUCGCUUGCGGUUGUUUUCGUUUAUUUUUACAAUGCACCAAUCAAACUAGUAGCAUGCCGUAGUGUAGCCGUGCCCGGGACCGAAAACUAGUUUUGACCCCCAAACUAAAACCACCGUCCAGUUGUAUAUAUAAUAGCAACGUAUGCCUCGCCUGUAGAAAUGUGAAACAAAAUUCAACUACUCCGCUAGAUCGAAAGCCAAAAAAUACAACCAGGACAGGAGUUCGACAGUGCGGCUUUAAACCGUGUUUGCGCCUGCAGCUACAGCUGUGAGCAGUUCUUGCGGUUGGAGUGGUUUUUGCGCCACUUUUCUACGUACACGUUGCGGCUUUCGUUCUUCGUGCCAAAUUGUGGAUAGGUCUCCACAAGGACAGGCAAGGAGAGUCGUUUGCUUUUCGACGCGAUGCAGGCACUGAGCGCAGAGAUCGUUUCGCUUAGGUCUAUUUAUUUGCUUCCCACCAUCCAGCUGCUCAAGACUUUGAGAACCUGGGAUGUUGUUGCUCCUUCCAGCGCCGAGCGCGCUUUUUUCAGCCAGCUUUGAUGACCUUGCCUGCCAUUUUUGUUGCUUAAGCAAUAAGCGCAAAAGCUUUUUGCUGUUGCUUUUGCUUUUGCUUUUGCUUUAGUUUAGUUUUUGCUUUUUGCUUUUUGCUUUUUGCUUUUUGCUUUUUGCUUUUUGCUUUUUGCUUUUUGCUUUUUGCUUUUUGCUUUUUGCUUUUUGCUUUUUGCUUUUUGCUUUUUGCUUUUUGCUUUUUGCUUUUUGCUUUUUGCUUUUUGCUUUUUGCUUUUUGCUUUUAGCUUUUUGGCAUUUAAUUUCUGGAGUAAUAGUUUGGCCAUCACACCCCUACCCUUAGCAAGGGAUAGACUAUAGCAGUGCUCCCGGUCCCGUGCCAAAACUAAAGGCACGCUUCUACUUGGAAUUGUAAGGCGGAGACUGACGCUAUAUCUAUAAUUAUAAUAUCAAUAUGAAAAUUUAAAUUAAGCAUAAGCACGAAAACAAAAAACAGGCACCAACGGGAGCAGCUGUCGCGCGAUUGAUGUCCUCUACAUUGCCAUCCCGUGGCCAGCUGGUACGUCUUUGCAAAGUUUGAGUCAGUUGUCAGUUGUCAUGCUUCUCAGAUGAUGCCGCAUAAAGAUAAACAUGUAAAUAUGUAACGUUCGUAAAGUUGAGCACAAGGCGAAGACUUUGACUUCUUCUAGGCGGCCGCGGUGUCAGUUUUUUAUUUUUUCUUGCUAUCAAGUUAUAGUUUAUGCUCCAUUGUUCGCGCGCAUCGUCAUCAUAUGAUCACUAGCUCUAGCAAUAGCUACGGCAGUGAAACUAUUCUUGCCUGCGUGCUCAUUGUGUCUUUCCAAAAUGCUGGGCGUGCCGUGCAGCAUUCGGGUCGCACUGACUCGCAGCGUCUCCGUUGUGUCGAAGGUGUGCACGGCAUUAAAAAACUGAUGUCGUGAUCACGUCGACAGUUGACGCGACAGAGCUGGUCAAAUAGCUCGCCCGAGCUAUUGUUUUCCAUGGCUUUACUUUGCGCGCGCCGUUUUUUUCUUCCCAACUCAAAGCGCGAGGAACUGUCUGCGCUUAUGAAGAGUGUUUGUAUUUCGUGGCGGUGUGCUCUACUUGUAGUUUUUGUUAUUUGAGUGCGUAUCUAUUCAGUCUCAAACUGUAACUGAGCCGCCUGCGUUAGCUGUAUGAACUAAAAACAUACGUCCGGCCACAUUGCUGGCCUUGCCUCACGCGUACCAUCAGAAGUGCGGCGCUGGCGGUUUGUUGGUGCUGCACCAUCAGAAGCGCGGAACUUACGGACGGGCGCCACCCGUCUACAAAUUCUACAACUCUUCGCGGAGAUCAAUAAGGCACGCCGUCCAUUAUGUCGUUGUGCUCGGUCUGCUAACCCAAGUGCGUAGAUUCGUCCCGUGCUUGGUCUCUCAACAUUUUUCGGCGUCCUCCCGAAGGCAGUCCGCCUAAUAACUUAGAGCCUGCAGAUAGGGUUCCCGCUUGUGAGGGCCGGGUCGGCUCGCGGCUCAGCCGAGUGAGCGACUCCUAUUCCAGGCUCUAACCCUUUCGGAUUGCUUGGGCUCCUGGUGCUGCAGUCACCACUUGGGAGCAUAAAAAGCAAAAACAUAAGCCCGGCCGCACUGGUGGCCUUGCCUCACGCGCACCAUCAGAAGUGCGGGAUAGGCAGUUUGCUGGUGCUGCACCAUCAGAAGUGCGGAACUUGCGAGCGGGCGAGCCCUUUCCAAAACUAUCCAAAAAAAAAACCAUAGCUAGGGUUCCCGCUUGUGGGGGCCGGGCCGGCUCGCGGCUCUUUGUGUAAGAGAUGUUUCGCUGAGCUCUAACCCCUUCGGAUUGCUCAGGCUCCUGGUGCUGCAGUCACCACUUGGGAGCAUAACAACUAAAAACAUAAGUCCGGCCACACUGGUGGCUUUGCCUCAAGUGCACCAUCAGAAGUGUAGCAUUGGUAGUUUGCUGGUGCUGCACCAUCAGAAGUGCGGAGCUUGCGAAUGGGCGACCCCUUUCCCGAAACUUGCAACCACCGCUUGGGAGUAUAAGAAUGAAAACAUAAGUCCAGCCGCACUGGCGGCUCUGCCUCACGUGCACCAUCAGAAGUGCAGUAUUGGUGGUCGUUGGUGCUGCACCAUCAGAAGUGUAGAACGGGCGAACGGGCGAACCCUUUCCCGAAACUUUCCCGAAAAAACAAAUUUCGUGCUUGGUCUCUAAACAAAUUUCGGUGUCCCCCCGGUGGUAGUCCGCCUAAUAACUUAAUAACCAUAUUUAGGGUUCCCGCUUGUGGGAGCCGGGUCGGCUCGCGGCUCAUUGUGUGAGAGAAGUUUUGCUGAGCUCUAACCCCUUCGGAUUGCUCAGGCUCCUGGUGCUGCUAUCACCAUUUGGGAGUAUAAGAAAGAAAAACAUAAGUCCAGCCGCACUGGCGGCCCUGCCUCACGUGCACCAUCAGAAGUGUAGUAUUGGUGGUUGUUGGUGCUGCACCAUCAGAAGUGCGGAACUGAUGAUCGGGCGACCCCUUAGAAGAAGAAGAAGAAAAACAGGCCGCGGCCAAUCAGCGAGGAGCAGGCAUUGGUUUUGCUGAGCAAAUUGAGAAACAAAGUAGGUGGUAGUGGUAGUACUCCCGUAUUUCAACUGUCACUUCUGUUGAGGUAGAGUCCGUCGCGCUGCACAACAAAUAUUUUGACGCACUUUGUAAUUGCCGCAUCUUCGUCAUUCACUUUAUUCCCAUUUUCAUUUACGGUAGCAUUUGAGCCUGGAAUACGCCAAAACUAAAGAUGCGCCUGGUGGUACUCCAAUAGCACCGGCGGUGCUAUUGGUUUUAUCCGCGACCGCCAUCCCCCCCCUGCCACGCCGACAGAAAAACUACAUUUCGGACCCAACUGCGCCUAAUCACACUACCAUCAGACUCCCCGAGACUAUAUACCUUCUUCGCGAUGUUGAUUGAUCGUGUGUCCGCCGAUCUGGCCUGCGCUCUCGGGUUUUGCAUGUUGAGUUUGUGCGAUCUGUUUGCUUUUUUUUUGCAAAAUUCCGAUAGGAACUUUGCUUUCUGCUUCGCACAUUCACGCUGUGAUGCGCCCCCACGGGCACUGAUGUCUGAUCGUAGUAUUUCUUGGAGGCUCCGCUGCGGUUGGGAUCCCACAUGGAAAAUGUAGUUUUGAUCUGUCACGCAUCGGUGCAGCCGGGUAGUUUCUGCAGACCUCGCACAGCGCCAUUUUACCGCCGCCCGCAUGUACACUGCACCACCAUCGCGGCCAGGAAUCCGCCCGGCUCUGCCCCCGAUUCCCGAUGGCGUCCUGCCCUUUACCUACUAGCUCCACCUAUCUGCUGUUCUGCGUCAUACCGUCGGCGCUCCCGCCCGAAGCCACACGACACGAACUACCACCCACGAUCCGUAGCUGGUCAGCGGGAUUUUGUGCCUCCGCUCGUGGCCGACAAGUUGCGCGACUUUCACGGAACCUGCUGCAGCUUGCACUACGGUACUGCCACCAAGGACUUGUUGCUGUCCUUCCACAACCCGACACCUGCUCGCCGGCCGUCCUUUGAUAAACUUCUUCCCGCACUACCUACUGCUACUCCGAUGUGACGAAAGGUAUUUUCAAACUGGUACUCCGGCUGCAGGUAGUACUUGGUCCCCGCCCCACCUGCCGCACUACAUCUGCAUUCCGAUGGGCGCCAUGAAGAUUUGAUGUUGAUGAGGAAGGCUCUUGGCACUUAGCAAUAGAAAAAAACUUUAUCCACCUAGAUACAAUAGGCCCGCUUUUUUGUCUGCGGGGAUCAGUUCAGCACGCUUUCCAUUAUGUUGUAAUGCCCGGUCUGCUAAUCCGGGUGCGUAGAUUCAUUUCGUGCGUGAUCCCUAAACAAUUCAGUGGUGACCUCCCGGUGGUAGUCCGCCUAAUAGCUUAAUGCGAUAAGUUAGGGCCCCCGCUUGUGGGGGUCGAGUCGGCUCGCGGCUCCGUGCAGGAUGUUCGUAAUCCAAGCUCUAACCCCUUCGGAUUGCUUGGGCUCCUGGUGCUGCAAUCACCUCGUGGGAGCAUAACAAUUAUUAACAUAAGUCCGGCCACACUGGUGGCUUCACCUCACGCGCACCAUUAGAAGUGCGGGAUUGGUAGUUUGCGGGUGCUGCACCAUCAGAAGUGCGGAAUUUGCGAACGGGCGAGCCCUUUCCCGAAACUUUCCCGAAAAAAAAUUCGCUAUUGACUCUCUCAGUGAGUGUGUGCGUCGCUGUGAGAUUGGACGGGUCAGGCCACGACUCUGUCACCAAGCAAUAGCGCCAUCUCUUAGCGGCUCAAGACGGCUCCUAUUGUGACUCAAACUUGUUUCUUCUGUGCAUAGGAAGAGCCUAAUCUUCCUUUUAUGCCUUCCGCGUCUACUGCGGAGCAAAGCCCUUCGCCUUUUCAUUGUUUGUCCCCGAUCUAUCAGACUGACGACAACAGAGGUUUCGCACCAUGCUGGCAGUCACUUCUUUUGUAA